UUUAAUCGAGCAUCGAUAAAAUGGCAGCUUGCAAACGACCUUUAGUUUAGCCAGUAAUCGCAAACUUUUAUAACAACCAACUCCGUGUAAUUGUGUCUGGAGUGGCCGUGGCAAACCAUUUAAUGACAAAAAAUUAAAGGGUAACGUUUAGAUUGAAAAUGAGUAGAUUUGCAUCUGGAAGACGCAUCAUUUCUGGGGUUCCAGUAUGGAGAUGUCUUCAGCAGAUAACCAGAGCACCAAACUACACAACAAAAGCUCAGCCACUGUUUGGCCCUCAAACCUCCUCGGUGCUAAUGCCAUGUAGACUACCUCCUACCAACAGGUUGUUGAGUAUCAGGCCUGUGAGCUGGUCUGCCUCACGCCUCUGCCACGGGAAUUCACGAGGCACCACAGAGAGCAACAACAGCAAAGAGGGUUUCAGUUUGAGGGCCCUCACCCAGGCUCCCAAACCAGCUCUCUACCUCGGUGUCUCUGGGCUCAUCCCGUUCGUGUCUGCCCCUCUCCUGAUGGCUGCCACACAGUCCUUCUACCCUGAACUUGCGUAUGCUCAAGUGGUCUACGGAGCCUCCAUAGUCUCCUUCCUUGGAGGUGCCCGCUGGGGGUUUGCCAUCCCUGCUGGAAGUCCUGCUCAGCCUGACUGGAUGAACUUGGGCAACAGUGUGGUGCCUUCACUUCUGGCCUGGCUGGCACUGCUCUGCAGGGACAAUAUUACAGAGGGAGCCCUGGUAGUUAUCAUGGGACUGGGUCUCUCUCUGCACUAUGACCUGACCCUGCUGCCUGGCUACCCCUCCUGGUUCAAAGCCAUGCGCACCCUCCUCACUCUGGUCGCCACCUUCUCACUGGUGGCUACUUUGACAAUUAAAAAAUACUGCACAGAGAAGAAGAUCAAAGAGAUUCAGACCUGACUGAUGAGGACAGUUUGUACUUUGAGCCACUUAAUAAAAAUGUAAAAUUCA